AUGAGUCCAUUUUGAGUGAGCACAACCGGUAGGGGUAGUUACACAGUACCAGAGCUCAUAAAAACUGUACGAACACAAGCAGUUAUCCCUAUUAUAACCAUUGCAAAACAACAGUAGCAUGAGUUCAUCUGCGCACUGUAUGGUACUCUGCAAUUUUCUCUCAGCAUGGAUGUCUGGCGGUUUAGCACCCUGACAACGUAUUUGGUUUCCUCAAUUCCUGACCUCUAGCCGAGUAACAUUUGCUGCGCAGCACCGUUCUCUGCCAACUUCCUCAGGCGGGUAUACCGACGAACAGUCAUGGAUCGUGUCACCCGUAAAAAAUAGAUGAUCGCUUAACGGUUAAUAUUCGCUUCAGCCCUGUCGUUCGUCGCAUGACUUCAAUCCUGGGAGUUCCCGGAAUGCUGUUCAGCUCCCGAUAAUUUCCAGGGACACCCGGAUACGCCAUGUGCGAGCACUAAAUUUGCGCCCGGUCCAGCGGCGUCUUCCUUCGCUCGAGUGAGCGAAGAUUUCCAUAUGCUUUUAAACGACUUGCUUCCUCCCUUGAAGAAUUCUCACGAUAUUAUUUUUUCCCCCUUUGUUUAGCCUACAUCAUCACACUGUACACUGUCUGUCUGAAUUUGACAACCAUUGCACACCUUACCCGAUCCCCUUCAAUUUCUCCCAAAAUAACUUUACCUGCUUAUAUUUCUGUUAUGGUUGGACUCCAUCUUAGUUACCGCUGGCUGCGAUGGACUAAACCGUCCGAACAGCCAGAACCCCUUCCCGACGGCGUCGAGCGGCACUUCGUCAAGACCCCUUUGGGCGAUAUAGAAGUUCUCUACUCUGCCCCAAGUGAGGAAUCCACGCCAACAACCUCAACUCCAAGGCAACCCAUUUUCUUUGUUCAUGGCGGCAUGGGCAGUGCCUGGGUAUGGCUCGAGUAUAUGCGGUUCCUGUCAUUUCACGGUAUUCCAUGUUAUGCUGUUUCUAUGCGCGGACAUGGGAACAGCUGGCAUCCAAGCUAUCUCCGCAUGGUAUUCUUCACUCCCCGCAGUGCACUCGCACAGGAUGUCGUUGCUGCGAUUCGCUGGACCCAGCAGCGCGAGCAGGGCGCCGAAGUCGUCCUGGUAGGGCACAGCAGUGGCGGUGGCAUGCUGCAGGGGAUUCUUUCCGACGGCUUGGUCUCCGCUAGUGGUUUGGUCCUUGCCGGCGCAGUUCCGGGUUUUGGAUCAAUGAGUGUCUACAUAAACUGGUGGCGAGAGGAUCCCUGGUUUACACUUAGGAUGAUGCUGCAUGGGUGGCAUUCCAACUCUCCACUCUCCCAUCCAGCUCUCGUGAAGAACAUAUUCUUCAGCAACGAGGUCUCCGACUCAUAUGUGGUCAACUUCAUCAAGCACUCCAACUCAUACGAGAGCUAUCUUUGGCCCUUCAGCAUGAUGAGGCCUUUCGUCAAGGCCAGCAGUCUGCUAAAACAGCUCGGUGGCAUCAGUGGGUGGGACAGGCAGCGGAUUCUGGUAUUGGGCGGGGGUGUCGACAAGAUAAUGACUGUCCCCAUCAUGCAUAAGAUGGCCUCGUACUAUCGCCAGGGCGUCAUGCAGUUGGUUGGAGAGGACAAGCUUGCCCUGGAGGCAGUCGAGGAGGUUGAGCCAUUAGAAGGUGAAGGCGGCAUGGACGAUGCUGGGCAGGGUGUGCGAUUCUCCGUUGUGCCCAAGGCUGGACAUCAUAUGCAGAACGAUGUCCACUGGGAAAUCGGCGCGAGAAAGGUUCUUGAGUUCUACAAGCAGCUUUCAUAAGUUGGUGCGGUAAUGCGAGGAGCUGGUCAUUUUCUCUUGUGUACUAUCUUGGACCUUCUCGGAUUUUCGCGUACAUGUAUCUUAUACCCUGUAUUUGUGCCUUCGAAUAUGUUAAAAGAAAAUGUCAACAACCAAG